UGGUGGGUGAAGGCCACAAUGAUGACUUCACCCUUGAUAACCUCCCUGGACUAGCAGAAGACAGCCAGAAGAGCAAUGCUGAGGGCAAUCUGGAGGACGACAUCAUUGAGGCUGCGAGAGUGAAUCACAUUGAGUUUAGCGAUUGUGCAGUCAGGGAGCUCUUCGACAAGACCUUCACAGUCACCAACCGCAGCAAGGAGGAGGUGAUGUGGUUUGAGUGGCUGCUGGCAGAUGCCCCAUUCCAGUUCUCCCCCAAGGUGGGACACCUCCAGCCUGGCUGUGCCAAGAAUGUCAGAGUGACCUUGAAAUCCAAGGUCCCGGUCACCGUCAAAAGGCACUCUGUGAAUUGUAAGGUGGCCAUGAUCAAAUACCAGUUGCCGUCAGAGGAGGUUUACGACUGGGAUGACAGAAUGCGCACUGAGAAGUGGGAGGAUACCACCGAGAGACUCCCGGGAGCCCGCUGGCCUUUGAAGCGGAGGGUAAGAAGCACAGCAGCAAAAGCUCACCGAACUGCU